ACUCCAGGUGAACAGCAGCACUUUUCGAUUGCCAUGCUCCUUGCACUUAGCCGCCAACUACCCUCAAACGCCACUAUUGGAUUAAUGUAUGAUGUUGGGUGUGUUCUUGAUCGAUCGAUCGCCAAGUACAAUCUUAUCCCCGAAAUCACUCCUAGAUUGAGCAUCGCCGUUUCAGUCUUCCAUGCCUACGCACAUCAAUUCUGUUGUCAAAUCGCAUUUCACCCCUGGAAACAAAAUGGGUUCAGAAAGUCAAACAGGGAAGGAAAUGAGCGAUUAUGGUCCUUGAUUGUUGAUACAAUUGUGCCUGAACGCAUAAUGAGUGUGAGUCCCAACACUGUUCGGUCGACAACCCUCUCUUAUGCAAUGUUGUCCCAAAACUAUAGCCGGCAAAACGAAUCACAACUAUCGACAACAAAAUCAAGAUGA